AUGAAUUUUGGUAUAGGUUUUUCUCGAUCAAGGCAAGGAAAUGAUGCAAUUUGGGUAAUUGUUGAUCGAUUGACGAAGUCUACAUAUUUUCUUCUGAUCAGACAGACGGAUCAGGUGGAUAAGUUAGCUCAGACUGAUGGACAGUCUGAGAGAACUAUUCAAGUAUUGGAAGAUCUUCUGAGUUAUAAGUCAAGUAUUGGUAUGGCACCUUACGAAGCUCUGUAUGGCCGAAAGUGUAGAACUCCUUUGGCUCUGACUAAAGUGGGAGAUAUACAAGAAAUGGGGUCAUCCUUUGUGAAUGAAACUGUUGGUGACUUUGUCUAUGUCAAAGUCAAUUCAAUGAAAGGCGUCAACAGAUUUGGAAGAUUAAGUAAGCUCAGUCCAAGGUAUGUCAGACCUUUUGGAAUCAUUGAAAGGAUUGGAAAAGCUGCUUAUAGAUUAUUAUUGCCUGAUCAGAUGUCUGACGUAUAUAGCGUGUUUCACGUAUCCUCUUUGAGAAAGUGGAUGUCUGAUUCUGAAAAGAAACUGUCCGUCGAUGAUGUGGAGAUUCAGGAGAAUCUGCAGUACAAGGAAGAGCCUGAAAAGAUUUUGGCUUAUGAAAUUCGUAAGUUAAGAAGUAAACAAAUUCCUAUUGUUAAGAUUCAGUGGAAACACAGAACAGCACGAGAAGCUACUUGGGAGAAGGAGUCGGAUAUGAGACAAUUAUAUCCAUAUAUGUUCUGA